UAUCUUCCUUCCAAAAGAGUAUUUAUGACAAACAAGCCUUCAAAAAUGGUUGAAAACUGAAAGAAGAAACAUUUUGUUGCGACUGAAUAUGCAACAUUGGAAUGUUAGAGUUAGACACACUAGAUAAUGAUACAGAACUUACUGUACAUGUACUACAUGUAGUUUAAAAUCAGAAGGUUUAUUACUGUAUACCAAGAGAACGAAAAUCAACAGCUACAUGAGAAAUGGGUGUUCAUGGUUUGUGGCAACUGCUUCAGGCAUCAGGAAGACCUGUAUCUUUAGAAAGUUUGGAUGGAAAAAUACUUGCUGUGGAUGUCAGUCUGUGGUUACAUCAGACUACUAAAGGUAUGAGAGAUAAAGAUGGCAAUCCUCUACCAAAUGCCCAUCUUCAUGGUCUCUUCACUCGUAUCUGUAAACUACUAUUCUAUAGAAUAAAACCAGUUUUUGUUUUUGAUGGAGGAGUUCCAAUUUUAAAGAAGCAAACUUUGGCUGCUCGACGAGAAAGAAAAGAAUUCGCGGAGAAAGAGAGUGGUAAAGCCAGCCGUAAAUUACUGGAGAAUUUGAUGAAGAGUCAUGCUGUUAAAGCUGCAUUGGGACAAGAUACAUCUGGAGUUCAACCAGGUCCUUCUUCAUUGAACAGUAAUAGAAAACCUGAUGUAUUUGAGUUAGCUCCCUUGCCAGAUAUUGACAGAGGAUCAACCGAUGCUAUGAAUUAUGAUGAUGAAUUUGAAGAAGAAUUGCUGGAGUAUCAGGCCUUGAUGGAGGAAAAAUUUCAGUCGUUGAAUAAUAUUGAUACAGAAUCAGAUGAUUUUAAAAAUCUUCCUCCAGAGAUACGUCACGAAAUACUCACGGAGAUGAAAGAAGUUAGAAAAAAACAUUUUGUUAUAUGUGAAGAUUUACCAGAGGACACAGACGAUUUCUCAUCCUUUCAAAUCUCUAAAUUAAUGAAAAGAAGUAAAUUAUCUAGUCAGAUCGAAGAUGUUCGAAAACAAAUGAAUGCUCGUAACUCAGGGGAUAUAACGGCAUCGUUGGGUUGGGACAUUCACAGUGAUAAUGUGAUUACAUCGAGAGUUGUCUCCGAGGACUCUUCUCAUUACAUACUGAUCAAAGGGCUGGGAAAAAAACGACAAUUAGAAGAAGCCAAUGAAUGUGAAAAAAUUGUAGCAGAAAUGGAAAAAAUGGAACCAAAAGUUAAAAGUGUUAAAAAAUGUUACGAGGACAGCAGCAAUGGAGAAAUAUCCAGCGAUCUUGACGAACUUGGUCUUAACAGUGAGGAGGAAAGAUUACGUGAAAUAUAUAAAAGGAAUUUAGAAAGGACUAUGAUGAAUGACAGUCACUUGGAUGAUGAUGUUGUUAUAAGUUCUAAGGCAUUUAAAAAAGGUCAAAGUUCACAGCAUAUUGAGAGAGUUGGGGUUAGUUCUAGUAAAACGGGAAUGGAACAGAAAACAGACACUCUCCAAACAAAUGCAACCACAGAGAAUAAUGAGGAUUCUUCCGAUGAUGAGGGAUUUAUAGAAGUCACAAUUGAUCCAAAUAAAGCAGACCAAGAUGACAUGUUUCCGGCAGCCAUGUUUGAUUCAGCAGAUGUUAAAAAAGAUUUCAUUGCCGAACUCAUAAAAUUAAAAAAUAAAAAGAUGCAGACCAAGUCAUCAGAGACUUUGAUACAAAGUGAUGAAUCGAAAGUAGAGACUUAUUCUUCCUGUGAUAAAAAUAAUACGAGGUUGUUAGAAAAACCAAACAAUCAUGAUAUGCAAGAAAAAACUAAUCAGGUACAAGCAGAAAUACCAUUGGAGAGUUCUGAUUUCAAAAAGCCGAAAGAUCCAAUCAAUGAACUCCAUACAAAUACUAACAUAAAAGAAAAUAAUUUUUCAAGCAGAGAAGUCACAAAAGAUCUUGUUUUAACCUCUGAUGGUGAUGGCUCUUCCAAAAUAGAAUUAGAGCAAGAAAUAACAAAUCAGUUAUCCGACCGAAAAGAAACAGAUUUCAACAAGCAGAUAGAAGUUAUUGAUGUGGAGUGUGAAAAUAUUUCCAAUAAAGAAAUAGAAUUCAAUAAAAAGGAAUUUGAAUUACUAACAGACGAUGAAAAGGGAAUUAUUAACAAUAAACUGAAAGGUUUUCAAGAUGUCAAAGAUAUUGACAUAGAAUCUGAAGAAUUUAAAUCAUUACCACCAGAAAUACAGGUUGAACUUUUUACUGCCAAAAAUAACCAACCAAACGUAACAACAGACGAACAGUUGUCUACCCUUGUUGAUGAAGCAAAUGCAGAAGAUUUACAUAGUGACCACGGUGACGAUGGGGGUCAAGUAGUGAUUGAUGAGGAGAGAAGAAAUUUCGGUGAAGAAUUUCACGGUUUAAACAGGGGAGGUUUAGAAGAUAUGCAGACAGAGUUAGAGUUUGAAAGUCAAGUUUUACGUCAAGAGAUAGGAAAGCAGGAUAGACUAGCGACAUCUAUUACAGAUCAGAUGAAUUUAGAAGCUCAGGAGUUAUUACAGUUGUUUGGUAUACCAUAUGUUGUUAGUACCAUGGAAGCUGAGGCCCAGUGUGCGUUUUUAGAUGUGAAUCAAUUAACACAUGGUUCUAUAACUGAUGACAGUGAUGUCUGGUUAUUCGGAGGACAGAGAGUUUAUAAAAAUUUCUUUAAUCAGAAUCGUCACGUGGAACUUUAUACUAAAGCUAUGAUAGAUUCACAUUUUGGUUUAUCAAGGGAGGCAUUAAUUAAUAUAGCUCUACUGUGUGGUAGUGAUUAUACUGAAGGUAUACAGGGUAUCGGUCCAGUUACAGCUCUAGAAAUAUUAGCAGAAUUUUCUGGAGAACGACUGGAGGGACUGAAAAAAUUAGGUGAUUGGUGGAGAAAUGCCCAGAAAGAGAAAAAUAAACCGCCAGAAAGCAAGUUGAAAUAUAAACUUCAAAAACUACACUUUAAUCCAGGAUUUCCCAGUGAAGUUGUUGUUGAAGCAUAUUUAAAACCAACAGUUGAUGAAUCACUGGAUAAAUUCUCCUGGGGUACACCAGAUCUAGACCUAUUAAGAGAUUUUGGGAAGAGUAAAUUAGGAUGGAGUAAAGAAAAAGUUGAUGAACUGAUCAAACCUUUAUUAAAACAGCUUGCUCAAACUCAUGUAAGUUUUUUUUACACAGAUAUUUGUUAUUUUCAGAUAAUUAUCUGA